CUCUCUUCCUUUCAUUUCCCCGUCUCGUCUCCUCUCCGCUCCUCUCCUCUACGCCCCCCCCACAUUCCCCCCUCCCUAACCCUAAUCGCCCUCCCCAUCUCGUCCCCCCUCUCCCCCUCUCCCUCUUACCCCUCUCCCCCUCUUCCUCCGCCGCUUCGGAAGAGGUAGAGAUUAGGGUUUGCGGCGCUGGAGGACGCUGGAUUUGGUGCGGGACCUGUUUGUAGGGUUUGCUCCGCCCGACUAUCCGCGAUCUCGAAUCGAUCAAGGUACAAAGUCUCAGUGGGUAGAAGUUCAUUCCUAGACCAUGAACUAGAUCAACCAAUUGCCAUCGCCUCAUGUUGGAUGAUCUACACUUUGAGGUUCUUAACAGGAUUGGGCACCUGUAUGGCCAAAGGAAUGGAAUAGACAUUCAAAGGUUGAAUGAACUAAUUGUUCUUCAGAGAUGUGAUUCGAAUCGAGAUUGAGUAUGGCCAUACUAGUCGGUGAUGGUGCUGUCCGGGAUUAGGCCAUAUCUUUCCAAGUAACAUACAAAGAUUGUCUCGUUGUUGAUUGAAUGCAAUCAUGGCUGAUCGCCAAAAUGGGAGCAUGAAACCGGCUUCUGGGGGCAGCUCUGCUUCCUACACAAUCAAUCUUGAGAACUUCAGCAAGCGCCUAAAGGACUUCUAUGAUCACUGGAGGAAGUACAAAUCCGAUUUCUGGGGCUCAUCCGAUGCUAUUGCGAUUGCAACUCCACCUGCUUCUGAAGAUCUCCGCUACUUAAAAUCUUCAGCUCUCAACAUCUGGCUUCUUGGAUACGAAUUCCCCGAAACCUUAAUGGUCUUCAUGAGCAAGCAGAUCCAUUUCCUAUGCAGCCAAAAGAAGGCCAACCUGCUCGAAACCGUAAAGAGGUCCGCAAAGGAAGCUGUUGGCACUGAUAUUGUUGUACAUGUUAAAGCGAAGAACGAUGAUGGGACUGCUUUAAUGGAUGAAAUAUUACAAGCUGUUCGAUCUCAGUCCAAAUCCGAUUCACCCAUUGUUGGUUACAUUGCGAAAGAGGCCCCUGAAGGGAAGCUUCUUGAAACAUGGUCAGAAAAGCUAAACGGGUCUUCACUACAGCUUGCUGAUGCAACAAAUGGCUUCUCUGAACUAUUUGCCGUGAAGGAUGCGAUGGAGCUUACUUGUGUGAAAAAAGCUGCUUAUCUAACCUCAUCUGUGAUGAAAAAUUUUGUGGUCCCAAAAUUGGAAAAUAUUAUCGAUGAGGAAAAGAAGGUUACUCACUCUGCUCUGAUGGAUGACACAGAAAAAGCUAUUCUAGAUCCAUCUAAGGUCAAAGUCAAGUUAAAGGUGGAAAAUGUUGACAUAUGCUACCCUCCUAUAUUCCAAAGUGGAGGUAAAUUUGAUCUUAGACCAAGUGCAUCAAGUAACGAUGAUGAGUUAUACUAUGAUUCAACAAGUGUUAUUAUCUGCGCGAUUGGAUCGAGAUACAACAGCUAUUGCUCCAAUGUGGCGAGAACUUUUUUAAUUGAUGCUGCUAAGUCCCAGAGUAGAGCUUAUGAGGUGCUUUUGAAAGCUCACGAUUCUGCUAUAGCUGCAUUGAAGCCAGGUAAUAAAGUCAGCACUGCUUAUCAAGCAGCCGUAGCAGUGGUUGAGAAGGAAGCGCCAGAGUUGCUACCGAAUCUGACCAAGUCGGCUGGAACAGGUAUCGGGCUUGAAUUUCGUGAAUCGGGGCUGGGCAUAAAUUCUAAAAACGACCGGCCCAUUAAGCCAGGGAUGGUGUUCAAUGUUUCCCUAGGUUUUCAGAAUCUCCAAGCAGAGACUAACAAUGAGAAGACUGAGAAGUUCUCUUUACUGCUGGCUGAUACAGUUAUUGUUAGUGAGAAACCCCCAGAAGUAUUAACUGCUGCUUGCUCUAAGGCAGUUAAAGAUGUUGCUUACUCUUUUAAUGAAGAAGAGGAGGAAGAGCGGCCUAGGCCUAGAAAUGAAGCGAAUGGUUCUGAGGCAUUCCCGUCUAAGGCAACACUUAGAUCAGAUAAUCAAGAAAUGUCCAAAGAAGAGCUGAGAAGACAACACCAGGCUGAGCUGGCACGCCAGAAGAAUGAAGAGACAGCUCGCAGGUUGGCAGGUGGCGGGUCUGGGUCAGCGGAGGGCCGGGGCCCGGUUAGGACUUCGAAUGAAUUGGUCGCAUAUAAGAACGUGAAUGAUAUACCCUAUUCGAAGGAAUUAAUAAUACAAGUUGAUCAAAGGAAUGAAGCGAUUCUUUUACCCAUAUAUGGUAGCAUGGUUCCCUUUCAUGUUUCUACCGUCAAGAGCGUGACAAGCCAUCAGGAUAAUCGGACCUGCACUAUUCGGAUUAUCUUUAAUGUUCCUGGUACACCAUUUAGUCCACAUGACGCCAAUUCUCUUAAAUUCCAGGGCGCAAUCUAUUUAAAAGAAAUCACCUUCCGCUCAAAGGAUCCGAGGCAUAGUAGUGAAGUGGUUCAAUUGAUUAAGACUCUAAGAAGACAGGUGGCUUCUAGAGAGUCAGAAAGAGCUGAGAGGGCAACUCUAGUCACACAGGAGAAGCUCCAGCUGGCAAAUAAUCGGAUGAGAACAAUGAGGUUACCAGAUUUGUGGAUACGCCCUUCUUUUGGUGGUCGGGGUCGAAAGCUCACUGGAACCCUUGAAGCUCACAUCAAUGGUUUUAGGUACUCAACCUCUAGACCUGAUGAAAGGGUUGAUAUCAUGUAUGGAAACAUAAAGCAUGCCUUUUUCCAACCUGCGGAGAGAGAAAUGAUUACUCUUCUACAUUUCCAUCUGCAUAACCAUAUAAUGGUUGGCAACAAGAAAACUAAAGAUGUUCAAUUCUAUGUUGAAGUGAUGGAUGUUGUGCAAACUCUUGGUGGUGGGCGUAGGUCGGCGCUCGAUCCUGAUGAGAUUGAAGAAGAGCAGCGUGAGAGGGAUAGGAAGAAUAGGAUUAAUAUGGAGUUCCAGAACUUUGUCAAUAAAGUAAAUGAUCACUGGGCGCAGCCCCAAUUUAAAGGAUUGGAUUUGGAGUUCGAUAUGCCCCUUAGGGAAUUAGGGUUUCAUGGAGUCCCUCACAAGGCUUCUGCUUUCAUUGUCCCUACCUCAAGUUGCUUGGUCGAGCUGAUCGAAACCCCCUUCCUUGUAGUCACAUUAAGCGAGAUUGAGAUUGUUAAUUUAGAAAGGGUCGGUUUUGGGCAGAAGAACUUUGACAUGGCGAUCGUGUUCAAAGAUUUUAAGAAAGACGUUCUUCGAAUUGAUUCUAUUCCGGCUACAUCUCUCGAUGGGAUCAAAGAAUGGCUCGAUACUACCGACUUGAAAUACUACGAAAGCAGGCUGAACUUGAACUGGCGCCCGAUCUUGAAAACAAUCAUAGACGACCCGGAGAAAUUCAUCGAAGAUGGUGGGUGGGAGUUUCUGAAUUUGGAAGGAAGUGACUCAGAUUCAGAAAAUACAGAGGAAUCUGACCAGGGUUACGAGCCGUCCGACGCUGAGCCCGAAUCUGAAUCGGAAGAUGAAGCUUCUGACAGCGAGUCGUUAGUAGAAUCUGACGAAGAAGAUGAGGAUGAUUCCGAAGAAAAUUCUGAAGAGGAGAAAGGGAAGACAUGGGAGGAGUUAGAAAGGGAGGCGAGCAACGCAGAUAGGGAGAAGGGGGACGAGUCUGAUAGCGAGGACGAUAGGAGGAGGAAGCCGAAGGCCUUUCCAAAGUCGCGUUUUACAAAGUCGCGUGUUCCUGAUAGAAGGAAUUUCAAGGGCCCGCCGUCGAAGAAGCCGAAGUUCAGGUGAAGGUGCUGGUGCUGCUGCUGCUGCUGCUGUUAGGUAUAACUUUCUAGUUACUAGGUCUAGUAAUUAUGCCGUUAAAGGACUGUUCCGAAUCCUUCUUUCUAUUGCUGUAGAUUUGUGUGCUCUUUGGUGGGUAAUGUAAGUUUUAGCUGGUGGAGAACUUGGAUCUUUUUCCUUCUCUGUACACCUGUGCUUCUAAUGUCUCCUGCUUCUGUUAGAGCUGGUUGUUUUAUCAAAAAUUGAUUUCUCCUUUUAUCUUC